AGCUACGACGGAAGAUCGCUGAUCGUCGAUGGGCAGCAAAAGAUGCUCUUCUCUGGUUCUAUUCACUAUCCUCGUAGCACUCCUGAGAUGUGGCCGUCACUCAUAUCUAAGGCCAAGGAGGGAGGACUAGACGUAAUACAGACCUACGUAUUUUGGAGCCAACACGAGCCUCAACCCGGGCAGUAUAAUUUUGAAGGAAGAUAUGAUCUGGUGAGGUUCAUCAAGGAAAUCCAAGCACAAGGACUCUAUGCAACCCUUAGAAUCGGACCCUACAUUGAAGCAGAAUGGAGCUAUGGAGGUUUACCAUUCUGGUUGCAUGAUGUCCCAGGCAUCAUUUAUCGAUCUGAUAAUGAACCCUUCAAGUGUUACAUGCAAAACUUCACAACCAAGAUCGUAAACUUGAUGAAAGAAGAGAAGUUAUAUGCUUCACAAGGAGGUCCAAUCAUACUCUCACAGAUUGAGAAUGAAUACAAGAAUGUGGAAGGAUCUUUCCAUGAGAAAGGACCAGCUUAUGUCCGCUGGGCUGCACAAAUGGCAGUGGGGCUCCAAACUGGGGUCCCAUGGGUGAUGUGCAAGCAAGAUGAUGCUCCUGAUCCAGUGAUCAAUGCAUGCAAUGGGAUGAUGUGUGGACAGACAUUUGCAGGGCCCAAUUCACCUAAUAAGCCAUCAAUAUGGACAGAAAAUUGGACUUCUUUCUUUCAAGUAUUUGGUGGUAAACCUUACAUAAGGUCUGCUGAAGAUAUUGCCUUUCAUGUUGCACUUUUUAUUGCUGCAAAGAAGGGAAGUUAUAUAAACUAUUACAUGUAUCAUGGAGGAACAAAUUUUGGGAGAACAGGCUCUGCUUAUGUAACAACAAGUUAUUAUGAUCAAGCUCCUCUUGAUGAGUAUGGUUUGGUUAGGCAACCAAAAUGGGGCCAUCUCAAGGAAUUGCAUUCUGCAAUAAAGUUAUGCACUGAACCACUGCUUUGGGGAACACACACUAACUUUUCAUUAGGAAAUCUACAAGAGGCUCAUAUUUUCCAAGGAGAAUCAGGAGAAUGUUCUGCGUUUCUGGUAAACAAUGAUGCAGUAAUUGCUAAAGUGAACUUCCAGAAUUUAUCAUAUGAGCUACCUCAACAAUCAAUUAGUACUUUACCAGAUUGCAAGAAUGUAGUGUUCAACACAAGAAAGGUAAGCACACAGUAUAGUGCAAGAUCAACUGAGUUAAGCCAAAAGUUUGACUCAUCUGAUCAGUGGAAGGAAUUUAGGGAGGUUAUUCCCAAAUUUGAGGAAACAUCAAUAACUGCAGAUAUGCUAUUAGAUCACAUGGAUGCAACCAAAGAUGUAUCUGACUAUCUUUGGUACACUUUCAGCUUUCAGAAUAACUCCUCUGAUGAUCAGUCUUUGCUUCAAGUUGACUCCCUUGGACAUGUUGUUCAUGCUUUUCUCAACAAGACAUACAUUGGGUCUGCACAUGGAAGUUAUAAAAAUCCAGGAUCUAGCCUUAAUAUUUCAAUCUCAUUAAGUAAUGGGAUGACUGAUGUUUCACUAUUAAGUGUCAUGGUUGGAUUACCGAAUUCAGGAGCAUAUCUUGAGCAUAGAGUUGCUGGAUUACGUGGAGUGAAAAUUCAAGGCAUUGGAAAUGGAUCUCAAGAUUUCUCUAAGUACCAAUGGGGAUAUCAGGUGGGGCUAGUGGGGGAAAAGUUUCGAGCAUACAAUGAAGAAAGCUCCAGUGAAGUUCAAUGGAACAAUCUUGGAACCUACAAACCACCCCUUACAUGGUAUAAGACUACAUUUGAUGCACCAGCUGGAGAUGAUCCAGUUGUUCUAAACUUGAGCACUAUGAGCAAAGGUGAAGUUUGGGUUAAUGGCCAAAGCAUCGGUCGUUAUUGGGUCUCAUUUCACACUGACGGAGGAGUUCCUUCUCAGGCAUUGUACCAUGUGCCUCGGUCAUUUAUCAAACCUUCAGGGAACCUCCUGGUCCUGUUAGAAGAAUUUGGUGGGGACCCUCUUCAUAUCACCUUGGACACUGUUACAAUCUCUAAAGUAUGUGGACAUGUGUCAGAAUCUCAUUUGCCCCCAGUGGCUUCAUGGGGUGGUGGACAACACAAAACACACCAUAAAAGGAGAAGUGUUCAAAUUGAAUGUCCUCAUGGAAGGAUCAUCUCAAAGAUUUUAUUUGCAAGCUUUGGAAACCCGUCUGGUGACUGUAAAAGUUAUGCCAUUGGAAGUUGUCACUCCUCUAAUUCCAAAGCAGUUGUUGAGAAGGCUUGUUUAGGGAGAAGGCACUGCUCUAUUCCUCAGUCAAUCAAGGCAUUUGGUGGGGAUCCAUGUUCAGGCACUCCAAAAGCUCUAUUGGUGGAUGCAAAAUGUAUAUAA